UCACCAGUCCAGCACCAGCACCGGACAUGCCGCCCCGCUUAUACACCAACUGCACCCACGCCUUCCACAGCUGAUAGACCUCAGUUCCAUGUCGCCUCCCAGGGACUCUUUUGCCCAUGCGACAGACUGGAAGGCCUCUGCGGCGACAUGCGCCCAUGCCCGGAGGAGCACCCUUUCAGCUACUAUGCGUAUUCCUGCUGUGGAUAGCUUGCUGGACGGCUCCCGGUCAUGGCAUGACCGAUGAAGCCAUAUCUGAACUGAGACAAGAGACACGCGACAUCUUCUACCAUGGUUACGACAACUACAUGGAGCAUGCCUUCCCCGAGGACGAACUGCGACCGCUUACGUGCGCACCCCUCACUCGCGAUCGCCAGAACCCCACCCAUAUAGAAGUCAACGACGUUCUCGGAAACUACUCGUUGACGCUGAUAGACAGCCUGUCGACGCUCGCUAUACUUGCUUCUACACCUCCACUCGAUGCGCCUGCAUCCAACAACGCCUUGGACGACUUCCAAGCCGGUGUCAAACUAUUGGUAGAAAACUAUGGCGACGGCACUCCGGGACCCCGUGGCCGAGGAGCCAGGGCGAGAGGCUUUGAUUUGGACAGCAAAGUGCAGGUCUUUGAGACGGUCAUCCGCGGAGUCGGUGGACUGCUCAGCUCACAUCAGUUUGCUGUCGGAGACUUGCCUAUCAGAGGUUACAAUGCAACAACAGAGAAGAGACAAGGACGCCAAGGCAUAUUCUGGCCCAAUGGCUUUGUCUAUGACGGACAACUACUGCGGCUCGCGACAGACCUCACCGAUCGAUUGCUACCAGCCUUCAACACACCGACUGGUCUGCCUUACCCCCGAGUCAAUCUGCGAUACGGAGUACCCUUUUACGCCAAGUCACCAAACAACAUGGAUGCCGAGCAUGGCCAGUGCGGUAGGGAUCCAAACGACAAAGGGACCGAAGUCACUGAGACAUGCAGCGCUGGUGCCGGAAGUCUGGUCCUUGAGUUUUCCGUUCUGAGCCGACUGACUGGGGACCCCAAGUACGAGAGAUUAGCCAAAGACGCUUUCUGGGCUGUGUGGCACCGCAGAAGUAGCAUCGGGCUCAUCGGUGCUGGUAUCGAUGCCGAGACGGGGCAGUGGGUGAAUGCCUAUACGGGCAUUGGAGCGGGCAUCGACAGUUUCUUUGAAUAUGCCCUCAAAUCGCACAUUCUUCUUUCCGGGUUACCCUUUGAUCAAGAAAAUGCGGCUACUGAUUCACCGGACGCGUUCCUAGCUACUUGGCUCGACGCUCACGAUGGAAUCAAACGACAAAUCUAUCGUGGUGCCCAACACCAGCAUCCACACUAUGCUCAAGUUGACUUGUAUACAGGCGCCAUCAGGGCCUGGUGGAUAGAUAGCCUGAGCGCAUUCUACCAAGGACUCCUGACUAUGGCUGGCAAGCUCGACGAAGCCAUCGAGACGCACCUGCUCUACACUGCUCUUUGGACCCGUUACUCCGCCAUGCCCGAAAGAUGGUCGACCGCAACUGGCAACAUCGAGCAUGGCCUUCGCUGGUGGGGCGGACGACCAGAGUGGAUCGAAUCGACCUGGUACCUUUACCAAGCCACGAAAGACCCCUGGUACCUCCAUGUAGGGGAAAUGGCGCUGCGCGAUAUCAAAAGACGUUGUUGGACCAAGUGUGGGUGGGCCGGCCUGCAGGAUGUGCGUACUGGGGAGCUGAAUGAUCGCAUGGAGAGUUUCUUCCUUGGCGAGACUGCCAAAUACCUCUUUCUACUCUUCGAUCCGUCGCAUCCGCUUAACACCUGGGACGCGCCAUUUGUCUUCACUACCGAAGGCCACCCGUUGAUCGUGCCAAAGCGGUUACGUUCUGUCCAUAAAACGCGGCCAGGGUCUUCUCCCGUCUUCGAAGCGCCCGAGAUAUGCCCUCUCCCGCCAGCCCAUCUGCCAUUCAGUAUCUCUGCAACAGCGGCUCGUACUGAUGUUUACCAUGCUGCGAGCCUUGCCAAACUACAUCUCAUGCCAACUAUUGAGACACUUGACUCACCGCUUGUCGAAUUCAGUGCCGAUCAUCCCAGCGUUUCUCUAUCAGAUAUACGUUCGCCUUCCAACUACACUUAUUAUCCGUGGACUUUGCCCCCAGCACUCAUUCCGUAUAACGCAACGAGCUCACCAUUGGCUGUUAGAACCACCUUCGAUCUCUCCUUUCCCAAUAUGCCCAGUACGUCGCUGGUCGGUGCGCUCCAAAGGGUAGACGAAGGUAUCUUAGUCAAUUCAAUGAGUGGACUCAGACUUGGCAUGGUUCGCGAGCAAGACAAGUCGCGCGCGAUAGAACAGAAACUGGACCUUGAUGAGCAGUUCCGGAUCUACGCCAUCUCUAACAUAGCUCUGGGCCGAGACGAGAAAGUGUUCAUGUCUCGUUCAACUAUCGACAACUUCAAUCCACUUGAUCCAUAUUUUACGAGAACGCGAGACUCGCAUACACUAGACUUGGUCAUCGACGUACCGCCUCAGCCAGCGACCGCAUCUUCCAACACGUUGUCAGACAUCCUUAGCGAUGCGCUAGGUGAUAUGAGUAACCUAUCCGACCUGGACAUUGCGGAUGUAAUUGAUUUGGAGGUCGACCCCGAGGCACUUGAGAACGAACCUUCUUAUCUCUCCAAUUUUCUCUCAUCACUACAAGCUCUGCUCUCUGUCCCAUCGCCCACUUCUACGUCGUCGGCCCCCAAAUCACAAAAUAAUAAUCAGCAAAACGCAAAACGCCACUUCUUUCCUGCUGCCCUCCCCACUGGGCCUGGUGCAGCGCCAAUGCCAGAUACCAAGGAUCCGGACAUGUCAUACAGCUCCAAUAAUCCCCUCAUCUGGUCAAAUGUCUACGUACACGCUACCACACUAUGCACCGAGCGCCUACCCCUUGAAGUAGCAAAACAGUACCAGAUUAUAGCAAUCCCUAGGGGGGACUGCUCAUUCUCGACCAAGUUGCACAACAUCCCCGCUUACCCACCUAGCCCCGCCUCUCUCCAACUAGUCGUCAUCGUCAGCUUCCCAGAACACGAGGAGAAUAGACAUGCUGAUCCAGCGCAACCUCCUGUGCAGCCGCUGCUUGAUGAUGUGCAGCAUACGCCAACGGGCAUAUUGAGACCAAAUCCUAUCCCAAUGAUUAUGGUAGGUGGAGGGGAGGACACAAUCAGGCUACUGAGAAGGGCGAACGGGGUGGGAAUAAGGAGGAGGUAUUACUUCCGUAGUCAAGGCGUGAAGAUUGGCAAUCUGAUUGUACUCUGAUUUCAUAGCACAAAUAUCCUGCGCUCAGAGUCUGAAAUGCUUAGGUUCAUCUCUGUAUUCCCCAUAAAGGAUGCUAUCAAUAGGCGCAUGUUACACAAGCCUAAGUCUUGAAGUAUGUACAAUUCAAAUGAAGAUGCGGGUAGAGACGUGCAGUUCUCCAGUAAUCGC